UUCAAUAUCAAUUUUUCCUAUUCUAAACCCCUCUCCACUCUUUCCUCCCAAAUCCCACUGCUACUACACAAAUUUGAGGAGAGAAAAACCCAGAACAAAAAUGGAUCAUUCAACACCACCAACUAAACUAGAAUACUUUGACAACAUGUCCAAACUCCAUUCAGAAGCAACCAUUCUUUUCCAUUUUCAGGGUGAUGAUGGUAGACAAGCACUGAUAUUGGAUUCCACUGUAUUUCAUCCUCAAGGAGGUGGACAACCCUCAGAUACUGGCUUCAUCAAUGAUCUCAAUUCAUCUUUCAAAUUUGUUGUGGAUGAUGUUAGGAACAAAGAUGGGAUUGUUUAUCAUUUUGGGAAUGCUGAGAAUUUGGAAUGUAUUGAUCAGUUGAUGAUUAAGAGAGGGACUAAGGUUUAUUUGGAUGUUGAUGAGUCUCGUCGUAAUCUCAAUUCGAGGCUGCAUUCAGCAGGACAUGUGUUGGAUAUAUCCAUACGUAAUGUUGGUUUGGAACAUUUUGAGCCUGGAAAAGCCUAUCACUUUCCCGAUGGGCCAUUUGUUGAAUAUAAAGGCACAAUUCCACAAACCGAAUUGCAAAUUAAACUAGAACAAUUAGAAAAGGAUGUUAAUGCCCAAAUUUCAAGAGGACAAAAGGUUUUUGUUGGUUUAUUUCCAUAUGAAGAAGCUGCUGAUAUCUGUGGUGGUAGGCUACCUGAUUAUAUUCCAAAGGGUAACAGUCCUCGUAUUGUGAAGAUAGGUGAGCAUUUUGGAUGUCCUUGUGGUGGUACUCAUGUUGCUGAUAUUUCAGAAAUAAGGAGUAUGAAGAUAUCAAAAAUUCGAUCAAAGAAGGGAGUGUCGAGAGUUUUCUAUAACAUUAGCGCUUGAAAUGGUGACGACUAUACUCGUUACAUUUGUAAAAUUCGCAAAUAUGUGGAGUGUCAAUCUCUGUAUAAUGAAGUUUGAUUAUGACAUUUAUGGAAUUAAAGAAGCAUGCAGAAAUAUAAACUCUCUAGUAGCUACAACUUACUUCACUUUA